AUACAACUAAAUUCGAUAAAUGGUAGCCUAAAAAUGGUUCUUAGGUAAUAUGCAUACAAACUCAUAUCAUGGCACCCUUCCAUAAUAGCUUCAGAAGAAUGUAAACAAAGGAAGUUUCUAGUGUACGAGCCUUCAAAGAACACAAAUGUUGAUAGACUCGUUUUGGACUAGUAGGCGUGGCCUCCAGCAUACACUCACACAUGGGAUGAGCUAGCCAACGAGCCUCCCAUUGAUCGUUGUUCUCGCGGGGGCCCCACAGGCGGCGCCGAGACGGGGGUUCACAUGUCACACAACGGAACCCUAAACAUUUCCCGCGACGAGGCUGGCGAGGGUACACGUGUGCUCGUCCUCAGGAAUGGGGGGAGUGACAUGGCAGGCGGCGAAGGGCAGGGCGUGGUGCAGCCAUCCAAGGCGUCCGCCCUGAGUAAUGCCACAAGUACUCAACAUGGCGGCAGUAUUAGUGAUAGUGAAGGGCUGGGGAAUUGUGACGGGGAGAAUGUCAUGAACGGGAUCCUGAGGUCACCCGAGGACGAUGUUGACCUGCAGCACAUCGAGGAGUGGCUCAAGACCCGCAGCGACAGCCUGUCCAGCUUUGACUUCGACCCCGAGAUGAAGUCUGAGGUGGACGUGAAUGAGUUCCUCAACCUGAAGAGUGGCGGGCAGUACCAGGCGGCGGGGCAGGAGGCCGGGGAGGGCGGCGGCUCCUCGGUGGUGAUGCUCAACCAAUUCUCCUUUUCUGAGGAGGGGAUUGGGGGUGGCGGCAGCGGCGGCGGGAGUAGGCGGAGCAGCUUCACCAAGAGGCUAGAGACCCUGAUGCAGGUGGACAAGGGUUUGUUUGAAGAGCUGCUCCUGACAGACCCUAACAGGCGACAGGGCAGCCGCAGGACUGACAGCCUGCCAUCCCUGUCAGGAGAGGACCGAGGCCUGUUUGAAGAGCUGCUGCUGCCCGGGGCACAGGAGGAGUGGGCACGUCAUGCCCACGAACUGCUGCUGGCUGUCAAUAAUGAAAAGAAAGAUGGCACUGGACUGUCAGUUCAGGGGGCAACCGUUGAGGUGGAGUCUCCUCUACAUGAGGCUAUGGAAUGUAGUGUGCCUGUCAGCAGCCCCCAGGUGGCUCCAGCUGCGGCAAGUGGUGGUCACAGUACCUCUGAUGAGCUAGAUUUGAUUGUCCGCAGCAUCCAGCCUAUCAAGCUCAUGAGUCCUCAGGAGAUUGAGAACAUGGCCAGUAGACCGCUGGGCUUUGAUGAGGCUCCUGCCAAGAAUGAACCUGAUGAGGAUGGGGAACCAGCAGCAAUUCCCAUGGAGGAUGAUUUUAUCUUCAUGCCUUUUAGGAGGCAAGAAGGGGAGGUGAGUACUGCCAUACCGCCGGACCUCCUGGCCAGCCCUAGCAAUGAGAUUGACAGUAAGCUGUCCAGCAUCCUUGCCAUGGAUGCCUCCAAUGACACUCUAGAGAUUCCGGGGCCCGAGGUUGAUACACUGGAGGGCCUGAACAAGAUAGCACCACGUUUAGAAAGGAGUGUGUCACCUGGGACGUUCCUGGUCAAACUGGAGCCCCAGGAGAAGUGUGAGAUCCUGGGAAAGCCUAGCCUGAACUCCCUCAUUCCUCUUACUACUAGCCAGGCUGUUGCAGCUGUCAUGCCACCUCCCCAGGCUGUCAUGACCACCACUCCAACACCACCACCACAAACACAGCCACAGCAACAAAAGCAACAACAGCAACAGUCUACCACAACAGUAGCAUCCACCACUGCACUGACAAUUCCCUUCCAAGCACUGCCAAUGCUGAAUAUUGGCAAUGCUCUGAUAGCCAAGCCAGCAGCUCCACCCCAAAUUGCCAUCUCCACUGUGAUAGCUACCAGUAGUGCCACUACCAUCACUACUACACUAACACCCACAACUACUACCACUGCCACUUCUACAUCUUUUUCUUCCCCCAUCCCAUCCUCCACCUCCACCUCAGGCAGUGCCCCCAAGCGGCUGUUAAAGAUUCCUGGAGGGUCAGCCAAGAAGGAGUUCAAGAAGCUUCCUGUAGGUAUGGUGCAACUCAGAAUUGGCCCUCCUUCCACCUCUGGCACCACCGUCCUCACCACCACCCCUCCCCCCACCACUGCUGCCACUACAACCACUAGCAGCACUACCAGGCCAACACUUAUCUUCCGGCCACUCAUUGCCAGCCAGCUAGCACAACCGCACAACCCACAGGCCAGGGCACAGCGGGCGUCAGCUCCAAAGGAAGGCUCAGCAUUGGCCUUCCCACAGGUCAAAGUGAUUCCUGUGCAGAACAAGCCAGGCAAUGCUAAUGUCAAUAUCACUGUUGAUCGCCGGGCCAACCUCACCUCUGUUAGCAUUGUGUCCUCCAAUGGUGAACACACUGUCUUCAAGAUUAAUACCUGUGACCUGGUGCGGGCUGUGUCCAGCAUUCGAGAGCCCCACCUUGAUCCUCUUGGCCUGACACCCCAGCAGCUGUUGCGUUCAGCUCACACAGCUCACCGGCUCAUCCAGGAGGUUCAGCAGCAUGGAGCUGUUCGGGGUGCCAAGGGAGGCACCAAAGAGUCUGGUCCUGGCCUGCAGAACUUUGAGAUCAACCAGGUCUUCCAGGAGGUGAAGGCACCCAUCUCGCGUGGACAACAGGGACAGCUAGCAUUACUCCGCCAGGCUACUGCCACCACCACAACAACCACAACCAGCCAGAAUGUGGGGCCUCACAAGGUUGUAAGUGGCACCCCCAGUUCUGGUGUUCGCCCAGCAGUCAUCAGCUCUACUCCUCUCCGCACCACCAUACCUACCUCCUGCCCUGUCAUCAUCCCUUCCUCUGCCGCCACGUCGAUAAAUGGCACUGUUCCAACCACUGUCAAGGGUGUGGUGACCAGCCUUGCACAGCAGAAGGCCCCUGGGGAGACUACUCCCUCGGUGCGGCCAGAACUUAAGCCUCCGCGCCUCACCCAGACACCUGCACCUGACAAGGGCCAUGUCAAAACUGAGGGUGUUGGAGUCUCCUUGCGACCUGGCGCUCCCCCUACCAUGGUGUCUGUUCCCUCUGUUCUGGAUAAACUCUCUGCCUCUUCCCUGGUGACCCAGGACCCCCACCCAUCCUCUGCACAGUCACCUUCAUCCUCAGCAAACCACAUGAGCGAUGAUGAUUUAAAUGAGGAAAACUUAGACAUCUGUACUGUGUCUGAUGAGGUUGCCAACAAGGCCUUAGAAGAACUAGGUAUUCACAUAGACUUACUGCAAUGUGAACCCUCACCUCUAGGGGGUAAACGUUGGCUGUGUUCUAUCAAAGGCUGCUCAAAGCACUUCCCAAAACUAUCCUCUUUAAAGGUGCACCUUCUAUCCCACAAUGGAAUCCGACCAUACAAAUGCAACUAUGAAAACUGUGACUGGGCCUUCUACACCUGGUACAAGCUGAAGCGACACAUUGAAACACACCUCAAGCGACGGGACUUUGUGUGCACUGAGAAGAAUUGUAACAGGAGAUUCACUACGAUAUAUAACCUGAACACACAUCUUCGCUUGCACAAGCGUCCCAAGUGCUGGAUAUGUGCUCUGCCGGAGUGCUCCCAGGCUUUCCACACUCGCCGUGAGCUGGAAGUGCACAUGAAGACGCACAAGGAUGUUGAGGCACCUUAUAAAUGUGGGGUUGAUGGCUGCAGCAAGUCUUACUUCACCCCAAACUCCCUUACAUCACAUAUGCGUAGCCACCACAAGGAGGAGGAGCUGCGGUGCCAAUGGACUGGGUGUGGCAAAAAGUUUGAUAAGCCCUGCAGGUUAAAAGCACACAUGAGAGUACACACUGGCCAGAGACCAUUUUCAUGUACAUUUGAGGGAUGCAAUUGGUCAUUUCAAAGUGCGAGUAAAUUAAGUCGUCAUCAGCGGAAACACACCAAUGACCGCAAGUUCACUUGCCAUAUCUGCCAGAAGUCAUUCCUUCGGUCAGAGCACCUCAAGGGCCACUUACUUAUUCACACUGGUGUCCGCAACUUUCAGUGUCCAAUUGAACACUGCAAUGCCAAGUUCACUGCCAAGAGUAGUUUGUAUGUGCAUCUAAAAAAACAUGAAGGGAAGGCAAAGGAAAAUAACAAUAAGGUAACAUACCAUUGUCCCAUUGACACCUGUGACAAGAACUACAACUCAAAACACAACCUUCGUCAACACAUGCUAAAGGAACACACCAUUCUUACCACUGAUACCAGUCGUCUGGAUUACAUCACUCUCCUGGGAGACAAGGACCUCAUGGUGGACCAGCUGCUCCCCCUCACCCCAGGCGGGUCCUCUUCCUCCCCAUCCUCCUCUUCUGUGGUGCUGGAAUCUGGGGGUCUGUCCUCUACCCUUUCUGGAUCUCCUGAUACUCAUGCAACAUUGCUCUCCAGCAUUGAACUCAUCAAUGGCGACAUAGGAGCUGAUAGCAACAACAUUCCUCCCAUCAUUGUUAUGGAGGGGAAGGGUGGUGGUGAGGCCAUUGAUGGCAUUGAUGUCAGCAUGGCUGACUCUCUGAUGGGGGCAGCUGCCUGUAGCAGUGGUGGUGAGGUGGACCCAUUGGACAUAAAUAGCAUUCCUAAGGAUUCAUCUGAAGACCUCAGCACAUCAGGAGGUGGCUCAGCACGGACUGAUGUCUUGGCCAAUAUUAUUCGUUCCCAGCGUGCCAAGAAGAGGCAGCAGAUCAAUCUUGCCAAAAAGCUGGCUGGGAUGGGCUCACGUAAUGCUGCUGGGACAGCUGUAAUUAAUUUUGCCAAUGACGUUGUGCUUUCGGCCUCAGCAGUAAUGCCUGCCUCAUCACACCUUCAAACUACUCUUCUGCAGGACGAUGGUGUCAGUGGAGAGCUGUAUCAGGAGACUUUGAUGGGUCAUGACCUGCUGUCAGAUCCCACAACUGACCCACAAUCCACUAUCAACCUUCGUGACCUGGAGUGAUAACCUCACCUCACAGAUGUAUUUUCUUUCCUCAUUCUUUGCACAUUAGAAUAGUUGACACGCGAUACCGAUGAUCUCGUAGCAUAUUACUGUGUCUUGCUUUGGAAAGGGCAAGUUUUGGGGUAUAUGUGGGUUGUUUUACUCUAUAGCCUUUCUCUGGGAUCAUCUAUUUUUUUACUUAUUUGUAUUGUAGUUUCCCACCAUUUUCAGUAUGGGAAGGGGGUCAAAGUGGUGAAAAUGACUUCAUUCACUUUCCAUAUGUUCAGGAGAAUGUUGUAUCUCGCAUACAGCAAGAAUUCCCAUAACACAUAGGUAACAAAAACAAAAUGUGCUGUUGACAUCCCCUUAUGAGAGGAUAAGUAUCAAAGUAGACUAUUUUUUUUCCUUGAGGGCUAAUUAAUUUAUUUAUCUAUUUUUUUUUAUUUUUAUAGUAUGUAGAAGAUAACCUUAUCCAGAUGAAGCAGUUUUGAAGGUUAUGAAUUUUAAUUAUAUGUGAAAUAUGAAUGACUGUGGAGAUAUGGUGACUGAAGAGUGUGUUAAGAUUGAGUGUUUGGUUACUGUGGCAUGGGAAGUAUUGAAUGAUGUUUUAAUUUGUGCUAUUACUUACGUGUUGUAUCUGAGGUGUGCAAGUGGUGUGAAGGAGUGUUUGAAUUUUGCUUGUGGCUGCUGUGCUUUAAACUGACUUCCUAUUGAUCAAAAUGUUCAUGAGUGUGAGUGAAGGAAUAUCUACCUUGAUCUUUCAUUUCAGCAUUUUCAGGACAUAGCAAAUGUGUAUAUAAAGCUGUUAACUGCUAUGACAUUUCAUUGUUAUGCUGGUAUUUUACUGUUACAGAUAUGUGAUAUUGGUUGAUCAUGACUUGUAUUUCCUUCAUGUAGCGUAGAAGAAUAUUCUCAUAGCUGGAGUGGCACGUUGCUUUGUGGGCACCAAGUCAUGGAUGACAGUGGUGGUGCUUCAUCUGUGUAUGACAGGAGGAACAUGAAGACCUUUGCUUCUCUUGCAGAACUUUCAGCUUUAUGUUCUGCCAAGUGUACUUGUUACACCAGUGGCCCAUAGAUUAGAAGAUGAAGCUGGCUUUUUAAGAUUUAUUAGUUGUAGAAAGUUUCACCUUAUAUAUUUUCUUAUUCACUUUUUUUUUUUUUUAAAUCAGGUACAUGGUGUAAUUAUAUUGAGAGCUAUAUUCCAAUUGGUUUAUUUUAUUUUGUAAUUACAUUGUAAAUGUAUAUUUCUAUCAUUCAUAGAUUUCUGCACCAUUCUCAAGUUUCAGAAAUUCAAUUUCUAAAAUUUGAAACAUGGAGAGAAUAUUAGCUAAAGUUUAUGGAAGAAAACAGCAGAUAGUAAUAACCUCUAACUGUGUGUUGUUGAAACGGUGAAUCAGAUGUGGCCGUGUGUUGGGAUGCUCACACUAGUUAUUCAACUUAUUAUCACUGCCAUAGAGAUUUAAGGUGCUGUUAAUGCUGCAUUUUAGCACAGCCUAUAUGAUCAGCCCAUUUAAUAUUUAACAUUUCCAGGUCACCUCAACAGAAUCUUUGUGUCUGUUAUGUGAUCUAACUCGUGUGUAUAGUAGGAUAAUGAUGGCUGAUCAGACUUUUAAUAUGCUUUGGUUUUAUACCAAGACUGAAAAAAAAGUGAGUAACAAAUUAAUGUACUGAAAUAGAGGUCAGUCAUAUCAUUCCACUUAAACAGGAUUGUAAUUUAUGACCUCAACUAAGUUGUUGAAAAAAUCAGCUGAGUACAAGAAACCACUAUGCCUGCCUUUUAUAGCUUAUGAGAAAGCAUUUGACUUUGUUUAAACUUCAUUAGUCAUGCAGGCACUGAGGAGGCAGGACAUGGAAGAACCAUGCAUAAAAACAUUUGAGGAUAUUUGUUGAGACAGUACAGCAACCAUUAAAUUCCACAAGAAAGUGAGAAAAUUGUAAUUAAGAAAUGCAUUACACAAGGGGACACAAUAUCCAAAAUUAUCUCUGGCUGCUAGAAGUAUUAACCCCCAUACUCCGUCAGCCGUGAUCGUGGCAUGUGUGUUAGACUCCGUCACGCCACAAUUGUGACACUUCAAAUUUUGCGCUCCUUUUAUGUUCUAAAGUUUUUUUGGUUUGAGUGCACAUCAAGCCUUAUAAUUGGCCCAUUGUUUCCAGGCUCAUGGGUGCCCAUCCAAUCAAAUCCCAGCUUAUAUAAAGAUAUAUCUACAAGCUCGGUCGAUCACCCUAUUUUCCUGGCGUGGGUGCAGAUCCUGAUGUGUGCUAUAUAUAAUAAUUUUUUACUGGUUUACAAGUGAAAUAACUUCUAUACUAUUUCCACAGGUAAAUAAGUAUUUCAGGCAUAUGAUAAGACAGAUGAUGUGUGUCAGUAGUGUUUUGUGCUUUUAUUUGACACAGACAAAUGAGUGAUUUGUGUUGAGAUGCAAUGGCUGUACCAGUGGACAUUCAUCCCCCCCUUGAAAUUUUCACAACUUAAUUUUUUUGUUUUUUAUAUUUUAUUAUUUAUAUCCCCUUUCUUCAUUUAUGAUUCAACUAUGGCAAAGAAAACCUACUAAGCUUUCAAAUGAUAGAUAAUUGUUCCAAGUUUUUUUAAAUAAUUUGAGUGAACAAUAUAGGAAACAAAGGAACACCUAUUUACAUGCGUCUCAGCCUAUUUUAUGUACGCAAUUUGAAGUCGCUCACAGAUUUGACCACAGAGUAUGGGGGUUAAGGAACUGAAUUAGGAAAACUUAGGAAUCAAGAUAGAUGGUGAAUGCCGUAACAACCUUAGAUUUCCAGAUGAUAUUAGUCUUACCAAGUGACUGAGGAAAUCUUGCAAAGAAGGACCGAGAAACUUCACAAGCAGUAGAUAUGAUUGUGUUUAUGUGGCCUCUAUAUUUUUGUUUGUGCUGAAGAAUAACUUACCCAUUAACCUGCAGAGAUUUAUGAAUUUCAGUGGUCCAUUAUGUGAUGAAGUGUGAUCUGUGAGUUGAUAAUAUUAAUGUUAAGUUGACUUUUUUUUUGGUCAUUGUUGGUAAUUUAUUUGUUGUGAAUUUUCUCAGAAAUAGUGAAUGUCAUAGUAAAUGGCAUUUUUCACUUUAAGGUAUUUGGGGACAGUUUAUUGGCACACCUGUGGUGGGGUGCUUUUUUAGAGAUUUACAUCAUCUUGAGUUCUUUAUUCAUGUGGAAAAUCUUCAUCAAAUUAAAGGCAUAGAGAAAAAGUACGUCUGCACUUAGCUGCUUAAUCACUGUUCAGCAUUUAUUGUCUUAGGUUGUAAUCAGUUGAAUAUUUUUAAUCAUCUUAGGAUUUUAAAUUUAUCAACAGUAUUAUAUAACUUUGCUGAAUGUUCUUUGCAUAGCCAGAAAAAAAUUCUAUCCAGAUUGGUAAAAUAUCUUUUGUGAAAACAAGCUUGUUUUCACCAAAGCUAUUUUACCAGUCUGGAUAUAAUUUUUUUUCUGGCAAUGGAAAGAACAUUCAGCAAAGUUAAAUAACACUGUUGAUAAAUUUAAAAUCCUAAGAUUGUUCAUCCAUUCACACAUAUAGGGGAACAGUCUAUGCUGACUUGUUUAUAUUGAUAUGCACACAUGGACACUCUUAUUUAUAUAACUUACCUCAAUGCCAUUAUAUUGACAAUGCUAAGAGAAAACCACAUUUUAUGGGAGAGGUUAAAUUUAAGACAAACAUAUCCAAAUGGUGAGCCAUUUGAUUUUACUGUUUGACUUUAAGGUCAAUCUGUGCCAAAGCAUGGCUGUGAUAAAUGUAAUAGUAGCGUAAUGAAGGUGAUGGAGUUCAAAUUGACUGGUAAUUCAGAUAAAAUAAACUCUAAAAAUCAUAA